UGACGUCAAAUGACCAGAAUCGGUGUGAUGCUGGAAGGAUUGUCAGUUUCUUUUGAAUUUGUUUGCAGCGGAGAGAAACAAUCGCUUAUUUAUUUUGUAAAUCCUAUUUAUUUAAACGACGAGUGAGUGAGAGCUGCUCGGUGAGUUUAAAACACCGAAUGAAGACUGAAAACGAACCGUUGCUGCGCUGCUAGCUAGCGGUAGCUAACGUUAGCUCCGGUGUCAAAUGUCCGCGACAACAGCGGCUGUAAACAAGAAAGCCCGACAUCUUGGCUCGUUACCGCCGUUAGACACUCAAACUCGCUCAUUGCGUUGUUUUAUCUCAAAUAUGAGCAACUUACGCCGACAGAUACCGGUGUGUGUGUGACCCAGUGUUAGUUUUGCGACGUGUGUUUACGUUUGACGGCACUCUAGUUAGCUAACAGUUAGCAUUAAGCUAGCUGUGAGCCGAGCCGAGCCUUCGGGCUUGACACGUCCGUCCCCCCCCCCUCUGUGUUAGAUGUGACUCGCCCGGCCGUGGACCAUGAGUAACAGCCACCCUCUGCGGCCGCUGGCCUCCGUGUCGGAGAUCGACCACAUCCACCUGCUGUCCGAGCAGCUGGGGGCCCUGGUGCUCGGCGAGGAGUACAGCGAUGUUACCUUCGUGGUGGAGGGGAAGCGGUUCCCGGCGCACCGCGUCAUCCUGGCAGCUCGCUGUCACUAUUUCAGGGCCCUGCUGUACGGUGGGAUGAAGGAGUCCCAGCCCCAAGCGGAGGUGCGCUUGGAGGAGACGCGGGCCGAAGCCUUCUCGAUGCUGCUGAACUACCUGUACACGGGUCGGGCCAGCCUCAGCUCGGCCCGGGAGGAGGUGCUGCUGGACUUCCUGGGCCUGGCUCACCGCUACGGCCUGCAGCCGCUGGAGGACUCCACCUCCGAGUUCCUCCGCACCGUCCUGCACACCAACAACGUCUGCCUAGUUUUUGACGUGGCCAGUCUGUACUCUCUGAGCGCGCUCAGCGCCGCCUGCUGCGCCUACAUGGACCGACACGGACCCGAGGUGUUGAACUCCGACGGCUUCCUCCAGCUGUCCAAGACCGCUCUGCUGACCGUGGUGAAGCGCGACUCGUUUGCCGCCAGCGAGAAGGAGAUCUUCCAGGCGCUGAGUCGCUGGUGCCGGCAUCGCGAGGAGGGGGCCGACACCCAGGAAGUGAUGUCGGCGGUGCGGCUGCCGCUCAUGACCCUGGCGGAGAUGCUGAACGUGGUGCGACCGUCGGGCCUGCUGACCCCCGACGACCUGCUGGACGCCAUCAAGACCCGCUCGGAGAGCCGCAACAUGGACCUCAACUACCGCGGCAUGCUGAUCCCGGAGGAGAACAUCGCCACCAUGAAGUACGGCGCCCAGGUGAUGAAAGGGGAGCUGAAGUCGGCGCUGCUAGACGGAGACACGCAGAACUACGACCUGGACCACGGCUUCUCCAGGCAUCCCAUCGAGGAUGACGGGCGGGCCGGCAUCCAGGUGAAGCUGGGCCAGUCGUCCAUCAUCAACCACGUCCGCCUGCUGCUGUGGGACCGAGACAGUCGGUCCUACUCGUACUACAUCGAGGUGUCCAUGGACGAGCUGGACUGGGUGCGUGUCGUGGACCAUUCCAAGUACCUGUGCCGCUCCUGGCAGGAUCUGUACUUCACCCCUCGAGUCUGCAGGUACGUUCGCAUCGUGGGGACACACAACACGGUCAACAAAGUGUUCCACCUGGUGGCUUUUGAAUGCAUGUUCACCAACCGCUCCUUCACCCUGGAGAACGGCCUCUUGGUGCCCGGCGAGAACGUGGCGACCAUCGCGCUGUGCGCCAGCGUCAUCGAGGGCGUGAGCCGCUGCAGAAAUGCGCUGCUCAACGGCGACACGCGCAACUACGACUGGGACUCCGGCUACACCUGCCACCAGCUGGGCUCCGGAGCCAUCGUCAUCCAGCUGGCUCAGCCCUACUGCAUCGGGUCCUUGAGGCUGCUGCUGUGGGACUGUGACGAGCGCUCCUACAGCUACUACAUCGAGGUCUCCAACAACCAGCAGCAGUGGACGAAGGUGGUGGACCGCACCAGGCAGGCCUGCCGCUCGUGGCAGACGUUGAAGUUUGAUAAGCAGCCUGCUUCCUUCAUCCGCAUCGUCGGGACGCACAACACCGCUAACGAGGUGUUCCACUGUGUUCACUUCGAGUGUCCCGCCCAGCUGGACACGGAGGUGAACGAGGGCAGCCCGGGCCCGGACCCCCACGACCUCGGGUCCUCGUCCCCGCAGCCGAGACCGCAGCGGCCCUCGCGCACCCACAGCCUGCUUCCCUCCCCUCCCCCGUCCUCGUCCUCCUCGCUGUCCCAACAGUGAGAGCUCCCUCCCUCUCUCGUGGGGGAGACCUCUGAAUGCCAUUUUGCACAGCCUUCAUUGUCCCCGAGCACCACCCCCCCUCCCCCCCCUCGUGCUGUCACCGCCUCCUGCCCCCUUAGAGGCCGGUACGUCUGCAGCAUCCAUCAAACUGUCCUCUGAAGGUACUUUUCAGCCACUGAGACUCGACUUUCCUUUUUUCUUCUUCUUCAAUAUCAUGACGUGUGGAAUCUUUACUUCUCCAAAGACGAGGUGCACUGAAGGGUGGUUCUGCUCUACCACCAAAGAGCAGUGAUGUGUGUGUCGGGGGGGGGGGCCCAUUUACAUUUUACCAGUUCAUAUUUCCAAAAGAGAUGGAUUUUAUCCUGAAACAAGCUAUUUUUUUAAGAAAGCGCUCACUUUUCAUAUCGUCACGCUGGCCGAGUGGCGCUUUAAGUAUUUGGGAUUAAAGCUAAUUAACUUUAACCCCCCUUCCCUCCCCGGUGUGACUUUUUGAUAGUUCAAAUUCAUACCUCAAGGAGGAAAAAAAGAACCUUUCUAAAAACUGAACAUGAUUGAAGUGUUGAUUUAGCGCAUGAAGCACUUGGUCUUGGGGGGUCGGUUCGUGAGGAAGCUUCUGGGCUCGGACCAAACCGCGUUGCACUACGGCUCGUGUACGAGAGCAGCUGCUGUCGCCACUUUACUCGAGUACACGUAAAUAAAGGCUGCAGCUCCUGAGUGGAGCAGUGCUGCAUCAUGGGACUUUCUGUUUUCUAUGUCAUUUAAUUUAAACGCUCCCUUUCUCUUGGAUCCAUCUGUUCAUUGUUUUGUUUU